AUCCUGGGGCCACCCGAGUUAAAGGGGGGAAAUCCGGGGGCUGCCGCCGCCGCCACCGGUCUGGGCCCAACCGGGGGCCCCUGUAGUCGCUGCAGUCCCGGGUAGAGGCGCCUGUCCCCGAGCGCGGGGAGGGGGCGCCGCGGGCCCGGGGAGCACGGACAACCCCUACCCAUGAGGCCCUGAUGGAAAACACAAAGGAUCUGAGUCGGAAGAGACAGUAGAGGUCACCCACAGCAGCCGUCCCCUCUGCAGCCUCUUUGACAAGUGACUGAACAUUCUUCACGCUCUGAAAGGAAAAGAAGAGACUCGUUCGGGAUGUUUGACGGUUAUGAUAGCUGCAGUGAGGAUACAAGUAGCAGCUCCAGCUCUGAAGAGAGUGAAGAAGAAGUUGCUCCUUUGCCUUCUAAUCUCCCAAUUAUCAAAAACAAUGGACAAGUCUACACAUAUCCAGAUGGUAAAUCUGGUAUGGCUACCUGCGAGAUGUGUGGGAUGGUUGGUGUGCGAGAUGCUUUUUACUCCAAAACAAAACGUUUCUGCAGCGUAUCAUGUUCAAGAAGUUACUCAUCAAAUUCCAAGAAGGCAAGCAUUUUGGCCAGACUUCAGGGUAAGCCUCCAACAAAGAAAGCGAAAGUUCUCCAGAAACAGCCUUUAGUUGCUAAAUUAGCAGCAUAUGCUCAGUAUCAAGCUACCUUGCAAAAUCAAGCAAAGACAAAAGCAGCAGUCUCCAUGGAAGGUUUCAGCUGGGGUAACUACAUCAAUAGCAAUAGCUUUAUAGCCGCUCCAGUUACCUGUUUUAAACAUGCACCUAUGGGAACCUGCUGGGGUGAUAUCUCAGAAAAUGUGAGAGUAGAAGUUCCUAAUACAGACUGCAGCCUACCUACCAAAGUCUUCUGGAUUGCUGGAAUUGUAAAGCUAGCAGGUUACAAUGCCCUUUUACGAUAUGAAGGAUUUGAAAAUGACUCUGGUCUGGACUUCUGGUGCAAUAUAUGUGGCUCUGACAUCCAUCCCGUUGGUUGGUGUGCAGCCAGUGGAAAACCUCUUGUCCCUCCUAGAACUAUUCAACAUAAGUAUACAAACUGGAAAGCUUUUCUAGUGAAACGACUUACUGGUGCCAAAACACUUCCCCCUGAUUUCUCACAGAAGGUUUCAGAGAGUAUGCAGUAUCCAUUUAAACCUUGCAUGAGAGUAGAAGUGGUUGACAAAAGGCAUUUGUGUCGAACACGCGUGGCGGUGGUGGAAAGUGUAAUUGGAGGAAGGUUGAGAUUAGUGUAUGAAGAAAGUGAAGAUAGAACAGAUGACUUCUGGUGCCACAUGCACAGUCCAUUAAUCCAUCAUAUCGGUUGGUCUCGAAGUAUAGGCCAUCGAUUUAAAAGAUCGGAUAUUACAAAGAAACAGGAUGGACAUUUUGAUACACCACCACAUUUAUUUGCUAAGGUAAAAGAAGUAGACCAGACUGGGGAAUGGUUCAAAGAAGGAAUGAAAUUAGAAGCUAUAGAUCCAUUAAAUCUUUCUACAAUAUGUGUUGCAACCAUUAGAAAGGUGCUCGCUGAUGGAUUCCUAAUGAUUGGGAUUGACGGCUCAGAAGCAGCAGACGGAUCUGACUGGUUCUGUUAUCAUGCAACCUCUCCUUCUAUUUUCCCUGUUGGUUUCUGUGAAAUUAAUAUGAUUGAACUUACUCCACCUAGAGGUUACACAAAACUUCCUUUCAAAUGGUUUGACUACCUCAGGGAAACUGGCUCCAUUGCAGCACCAGUGAAACUAUUUAAUAAGGAUGUUCCAAAUCACGGAUUUCGUGUCGGAAUGAAAUUGGAAGCUGUAGAUCUCAUGGAGCCACGACUAAUAUGCGUAGCCACAGUAACUCGAAUUAUUCAUCGUCUCUUGCGGAUACAUUUUGAUGGAUGGGAAGAAGAGUAUGAUCAGUGGGUAGACUGUGAGUCCCCUGACCUCUAUCCUGUAGGGUGGUGUCAAUUAACUGGAUAUCAGCUACAGCCUCCUGCAUCACAGUCAUCAAGAGAAAGCCAAUCAGGUUCAUCAAAACAGAAGAAAAAGGCUAAGUCCCAGCAAUACAAAGGACAUAAGAAAAUGCCGACACUGCCGUUGAAGGAGGGGCUGCUAAGCGGAGAGGACUAUCACUUCCUCCAAGGAGUAGCUGAUCAGGAAAGCAACGGUUCUGCCAACUUCUACAUCCAACAAGAGCCCUGA